AUGGCUGGAAUUUUUGAUGUCGAAACUGCGCGCAGGAGCUUCCCGGCUCUGCAGCAAAAGCAGAUCUAUAUGGAUAAUGCUGGAGGAAGCCAAGUGCUUGCAACAGUCGCAGAUUCCAUAAGAUCUUACUUGCUGAACUCGAAUGUUCAGCUCGGAGCUACAUACCCGGUCUCUCGAGAGUCCACCAGUGGAUACACGAAGGGACAAAAGGCCGCAGCAAGUUUCAUCAAUGCCCAGCCAGAAGAGAUCAGCAUCGGGGUGUCAACCACUCAGCUUCUUCACAAUCUUUCAACUGCCCUGCAGUUCCAGACAGGCGACGAGCUGGUCCUAUCAAAGCUCAACCAUGAAGCCAACACGGCCCCGUGGGUGAGAGUUGCAGAUCGUCUUGGUCUAACCGUGAAGUGGUGGGCUUCGAAUGACCCCAAGAAUCCUACUUGCGAUGUCAACGACUUGAAGACCCUACUUUCCGAGAAGACCAGACUGGUCGCCUGUCCACAUGUGUCCAACAUCACUGGAACUAUCAGCCCAAUUCGGGAAAUUGCCGAUGCCGUUCAUGUACACCCUCGAGCACUGUUAUGCGUAGACGGGGUAGCUCUCGCACCGCACCGACAAGUCGACGUCCAAGCACUCGGCGUCGACUUCUACGCCUUCUCCUGGUACAAGAUAUACGGUCCCCACUUAGCCCAACUGUACGCCUGCAACAAAAUCCAGCCCCAAAUCACAACCCUGGGCCACUUCUUCAAACCAACAACCACCCUAGACGACAAAUUAAACCUCGCUUCAGCAAACUACGAACUAACCCAAAGCAUCCCACACGUAGUAGCAUACUUCGGUUCCGACCCUAGCAAAACAUGGGCCGCAAUGUCCUUGCACGAGGAGAAACUACAGCGCAUCCUACUCGACUAUCUAAAAUCGGAAGAGCGGAUCACGGUUAUCGGAGAAAGCCGUGCAGACCAGGCACUCCGCGUACCGGUGAUAAGCUUUGUGGUACGUGGAGUUGGAAGUCAGUCUGUGGUUGAGCAGGUGGAGGGAGUAUCAAAGUAUGGGUUCCGGAGUGGACACAUGUACAGCCAUCGGUUGUUGAAGGAGGUGUGUGGAUUGGAGGAUGUGGAUGAUGGGGUCGUGCGAGUUAGUUUGCUGCAUUAUAAUACAGAGGCGGAGGUGGAAGGUUUGGUUUCCAUUUUGCGAGAAGUGCUUGCCUAA